UGCCAGUUUAUAUAAUGUAACAUGAUAUGUAUAAUUUUGUGUGUACAUUAAUCUGUUCACAUUUUCAGUAUGUAUUAAAUUAAAAAUAAUAAUGCAUAUGAUAAAGUUCACAAAAAUGUUCCAGUUAUUCUAUUAUUGCACUAUUUUCUGCUUUUACUUUUAAACUUUUCCAAUUCAAAAAUACGGAACAGAGGGCGACAAAAACGCAUUACGUCAUAGUUACAUAAUUUUCAAGGUUAUUAAUGUUUUCAAAAGAGGUUAUAGCAUGACAGUUGUGUAGUAAAUAUUUACAAUUUGUUUUCAUAAUAUAAACUUAAAAAAAAAUGGAAAAACAUUCGCAGUUGACACCAAGAAGGAAAAUUGUCAACCCUGUGUUUCAUUUACAGACGAAACAGGAAGAUGACAAAUAUAUAACAAAUGGAAUUGUAAAAAUUGUUCGAAGAACUGGCCAAUUAAAUUUGGCAAAUAGGGGCUUGGCACAUUUACCAGAGAAGAUAUUUACAAUGUAUAACAUUGAGAAGAAUACAACAGUAGAUUACAGCAUUAAUGAUGUCUCUGAGGAUAAUCAGUGGUGGACAUUCACACCAUUGAACUAUUUAGAUUUAAGUUAUAAUACUAUUUCAGAAUUACCAAAACAGAUAAGCAAUUUUGAAGAUCUUUCAGUAUUAAAUCUGCAAGACAAUUGCUUGACCAGUUUACCAACAGAAAUAGGAGUUUUAAAAAAACUCACAAAGUUAAAUUUAAGUCAUAAUAAGCUGCAAAGGCUUCCAAAGGACUUUUAUAAAUUAACAGAGUUGCAAUUUUUAACUGUUUCAAAUAACGAACUUCAAAAUGUUGAUAAAGAUAUUAGUAAUCUAGUAAUGCUACAAGUUUUAGAUUUAUCUAAUAAUUUAUUAACAUCUUUACCCUCUGGUAUUGGUUUUAUGGUUCGAUUAACUGAAGUAAACUUUUCUAAUAAUAAACUAACAGAAAUACCACCAGAUAUAGUUAAUAUGAGAGCUCUUGUAAAAUUAGAUAUAACGCACAACAAUUUAAAGUUUCUUCCAAAUUUUGGGGAAAUGCGAAAACUUCAAUUUUUAUAUGCACAACAUAAUGAUAUAGAAGAAUUACCAAAUUUUGACGGUUGUGAAAGCAUCAAAGAAAUAUAUUUUGGUAAUAAUUAUAUUAAGGAAAUAAUCCCAGAAUUUUGUGAAACCUUACCACAUUUGGCAGUUCUUGAUUUAAGGGAUAAUAAAAUUGAAAAACUUCCUGACGAAAUUGCAAUGCUUCACCAUUUAAUUCGUUUAGACCUAACUAAUAACGAUUUAAUAGCUUUACCUAAUACUUUGGGUCUUUUAACACAUCUACAGAAUAUACAGAUUGAAGGAAAUAAAUUGAAGCAAAUUAGAAGUGAUAUUAUAAAGGGGGGAACUUUUAGAAUUUUGAAACAUCUGAGAGAAAAAAUGGAUGAAGAGAACUCUCCUAGAUGUAAAGCAGAGGUUUUUGUUGAAAAAAUUCCGAUUUAUACAUUUCCUGAUAGGUAUGCUAUGAGGAACAGUAGAAUGUUAAAUGUCUCGGUUCAAAAUUUAGUAGCAGUUCCUGAAAGUAUCUUUCUGGAUGCUAAGAAGGCGGAAGUUACAGUUGUCGACCUAUCAGUAAAUAAACUUAGUACAAUCCCUGAGGGGCUACAGAUAAUCGCCAAUAACAUUACUGAAUUGAAACUAAGCAAAAACCAGCUUAGUUGUUUGCCUGACUUUUUAUCAAGUUGUAGAAGACUUCAAUAUCUUGAUCUUGGUAAUAAUUUAUUUGAAGAUUUACCCAACGCUUUAAGGACAUUGAGAGAAUUGAAAGAAUUGGUUAUUUCUAAUAACAGAUUUUCCAAAUUGCCGGAUUGUGUUUAUGAUAUGGAAAAUUUAGAGAUACUUUUGGCAGACAGUAACAGUAUUACAGAAAUAAACGUGGAAGGUCUUGGCAAGCUGAAACGGCUCGCAACAUUGAAUUUGUCGAACAACAGUAUCAAUUACGUUCCCCCGGAACUUGGAAAUUUAAAACAACUUCGGAGUUUGGAGUUGAAAGGGAAUAGCUUUCGGAUACCUAGAUAUGCUAUUCUGGAACAAGGAACAGAGACCAUUCUUUCUUAUCUAAGAGAUAGGAUACCGAGUAAUUAGAUAAUGCACAAUGUAAAGUACUUUGCCAUAAAACAUAGAAAGUAUCGCUAGUCUUCAUAUAAUGCCAUAAUAUGACAUAUUUUUUUCAAGAAAUUAAAUAAAUAUUUGUCUCACAUGCAGAUUUAAGAAAGUUUGUGCACUGUAUUUAGUAUUAUUGGUUAAAGUGCUUCAAAUUGAAGAAAUUAUAAAAAGUAAGAUACAGUUACAAUUUUGUUUUUAAGAAAACUCAUAGAAAUUGAAUGCUUGAAGCAUUCGUAGAUUUAAAAAAAAGUAGAUUAAAGAUAUACAAACAUUAAAUAUUAUUUUCAGCUAAUUAUUAAAGAUUAAUUAAAAAAGAUUAUAGGUUUAGUUGAAUUGAUUUAUGUUCCUUUGUUAGUACCUGCACUAUAUUGACAUUGAUAUUGUAUCAAAUAGCUAUUGAUUUCUGUUUGCUUUAUGUAUAUUGCAUUGCUUAGAAUUUGACACGUGUAAUACAUUAUUUUGUACCUGAAAAUUACCAGAAGGGUAGUAACUGUUUGGGUUAGUGAUUUUUUGUUGUGUUUUUUAUAUUUUAUUCCACCUGUACCAAUAAAUUUGUUAAAAACACUGUUUUGCUCAUUAUAAGUGUCUGAUCUGUAUAAUAUUUGUAUUUAAUAAAUAAAGGAGCUUUUCAGACAU